AUGCUAGAGCUUACAUUUUCGUUCCUCCUUCGCAGAUCUGACGAUGGCGCGCUGUACGCGUCUAUCGCUAUCGGUUGGAUUGCCCUGAUCUGCCAGCCGUAUCGGUCACGACUAACGAACGCCUCCGAGGUGCCACACGUCACCGCCAUCCGGCCGGUCAAGGGCCUCGAACCACACCUAUAUGACUGCCUCGCUGCCACCUUUCGACAGGACUACCCGAGUCACAAGCUCAGCAUUUGUCUUUGUGUAUCGACACGCGACGACCCUGCCUAUCCUGCCCUCUGCAAACUAAUCACCGACUUCCCGCAUGUCGACGCGCGGAUUUACCUCGAAGACGAAGAUCCGCUCUUGCAGCAGAAUGGUAUCAAUACGUACACGCUCGGACCGAAUCCCAAGAUCCGGAAUAUGAGCCGUGCAUACCGUGAAGCGAAAGGAGAUAUCGUCUGGAUCAUUGACUCCAAUGUCUGGGUCGGGAAGGGCGUCUGUGCACGGAUGGUGGACAGGCUGUGCGGGACCGGACCCUCAUCAAGCAAGAAGUACAAGUUCGUGCACCACCUACCCGUAGCUGUCGAUUUGACCGGAGAGAGAACCCUGAUUGAAGAGCGACAGGCGCUCGUUGACGCCAACCCGGAAUCAACGAAUGUCGAUACAGCGGCCGCAGCUAUGCCUUCCGUUCGUCCGGAGGAUGGGCCUGCAGCCAUGAUCGCGACUGGAGGGGGUCGCUUGGAAGAGCUGUUCCUCUCCUCCUCGCACGCGAAAAUGUACACCGCGAUCAACACAGUUCUCGUUGCGCCGUGCAUAGUGGGAAAAUCCAACAUGUUCCGCCGCUCCCACCUCGACUAUCUCACCAGUCUGUGCGCCUCGGAUCCCCAAGCUCGACAUCCAGGCAUCGAUUUCUUCUCCGUGAAUAUCUGCGAAGACCAUUUGAUCGGAGAUCUCCUGUGGAAGAAGCAGGUGCGGGAAGAGAAAGAGUUCCGCGAGCGUUGGGGCAAGCACGCCAUGGUCUUUGGUGACAUGGCUAUCCAGCCUGUUGCCAAUAUGAGCGUGUCGGCAUAUAUUGCCCGUCGGGUCCGAUGGCUGCGAGUGCGUAAAUUCACCGUUCUGCUCGCUACGCUUGUCGAACCAGGCACCGAGUCAUUCUUAUGCACGACCUAUGGUGCCUGGGGCAUCACUUCUGCCUUGGCGCCGUGUCUUGAGCGGAGUGGCGUACAAUUUGCUGCCCAUCUCGGAACGUGGGGUGCAUUUUUUAUCCUGUUCGCACUUGGCAUGGCUUUCUGGAUCCUGGUUGAUUGGAAACUGUAUAUUAAACUGCAUUCCGCAAAAUGUAUCGAGUUGGAUGAUGAUACCCCUGCUUUUGCUCGGCCCCAACGCUACCGAUCUUCCCAAACUACUCGUCGCCCGUUCAUGCAAUGGUUUGGCGCCUGGCUCGGCCGCGAACUGCUGGCUCUGCCGAUCUGGAUCAUGGCGGUGUAUGGCGGCGUGACAGUCGUCUGGCGAGACCGACGCUUCAAGGUCGGCUUCGAUGCGAAAGUUCGGGAGAUUGAUCCCCCUACUCCCCCGCCUUUGGAGACUUCGUCCUCUACUGGAGCAGUGGUGGGCAAGGUCCGCAGUGAUUGA